ACCUGCGGGACGCUCCGUAGUCAGGGACGUGCUAGAACAGAAGGCACAAAAGGACUUUGGACUGCGAUUGGUUCGCACGUGGGGUGCCCGGAACUCAGUGAGCGCCGCGCGAAGGCUGAAGGGAGUGGGGCGGUCAGCUUCUGUUGUGCGGCGGGCGGCACCGGCCACCGGGCCCGCAGUCAUGCCUCGGUAUGCGCAGCUGGUCAUGGGCCCGGCCGGCAGCGGGAAGAGCACCUACUGUGCCACCAUGGUCCAGCACUGUGAAGCCCUCAAUCGGUCCGUGCAAGUUGUGAACCUAGAUCCUGCAGCAGAACACUUCAACUACUCCGUGAUGGCUGACAUCCGGGAACUGAUUGAGGUGGAUGACGUCAUGGAGGAUGACUCUCUGCGGUUUGGUCCCAACGGAGGAUUGGUAUUUUGCAUGGAGUACUUUGCCAAUAAUUUUGACUGGCUCGAGAGCUGUCUUGGCCACGUAGAGGAUGACUAUAUUCUUUUUGACUGUCCAGGUCAGAUUGAGUUGUAUACACACCUGCCUGUGAUGAAACAGCUGGUCCAGCAGCUGGAACAAUGGGAGUUCCGAGUCUGCGGAGUUUUUCUCGUUGAUUCUCAGUUCAUGGUGGAGUCAUUCAAGUUUAUUUCUGGCAUUUUGGCAGCGCUGAGUGCUAUGAUCUCUCUAGAAAUUCCACAAGUUAACAUCAUGACAAAAAUGGAUCUGCUGAGCAAGAAAGCUAAAAAGGAAAUUGAAAAGUUUCUAGACCCAGACAUGUAUUCUUUAUUAGAUGAUUCCGCAAGUGGCUUACGAAGCAAAAAAUUCAAAAAAUUGACUAAAGCUAUAUGUGGACUGAUUGAUGACUACAGCAUGGUUCGAUUUUUGCCUUACGAUCAGUCGGACGAAGAAAGCAUGAACAUUGUGUUACAGCAUAUUGAUUUUGCCAUUCAGUAUGGAGAAGACUUAGAAUUCAAAGAACCAAAGGAACAUGAAGAUGACUCUUCUUCUAUGUUUGAUGAAUAUUUUCAAGGACACCAGAAUGAGUGAAAAAUUUAUGAGUAACUAUAUAUAUGUGAAGCACCUGCGACUGAAUCAGCAAGACAUUCUUCUCUUCAAAGGAUGCAAUACCAGAAGGCUACUUGCUUUAAUGAAAAAAGUAAUACUUGGCUCUUUCUCAGCAGCAUGCCUGAAUCAAAUUCUAGUUAUUCUGAAAUGGCUGGUGUUUCAAGUGGAAUCUUUUAGUAUUAUUUUAACAGCAUCAAUUUAGAUCUUAAAUGUUGAAAUUGACAUGAAUGCACAUAGAUUUGUAUAUAAUAUAAAUGAGCAUUUGUGAUACAGUUAGGACCCAGUCUACCUUUACUUUUACAAUUUGAUUUUUAUUGUUUUUGAAGGUUUAUUUGGAGAGGCAGGAAUUACUAUAACAAAAUACACACAUCUGUGUCCCAAGGAAAAAAUCUGGAAGGAUAUAGUUAAGACCAUUGCUUAUCUGUAGGUCUUAGUUUUCCUACAUUGAAAAUGUAUAGUUUAUGUAAUUAAAAAAUGAAAAGUAAAUGUUUUAAAAUAUAUAUAUAUGUAUAUAAAUAAAAGAAAUAGAAAGGUAGCACUAACCUUUUACUAUACUUUUGUUUUCCAGUCAGAAUUUGAAACACUCAGCCUGGGCAAGUUUUUGAAUGAAUAAAUUUGCCCUAGUUUCAAAA